AUGAGAUCUCCAGCUCUUGCACGGUUGCAAUACCGUGCCGUUUCUGGCCUGACCAAAUCGUCUACUCGACUCCAGUCUCAGCAAUUCCUCGCUAGGCGAUGCGCUUCCUCGACGGCCGCUUUCCGGAGCCCCAUUGUUGCUGGGCCGGCUUACCAGACUGCCUGCAACUCGCAAUGGCAGCAGAGGAGACAUGCUUCGGCUACGGCAACUGCAGUGCUCGAAGCUGCAUCGUCGAAUCCGGAAACACUCUCGCAAGAAGCUAUCAUUGAUAACCUAGAUCCCGUUGAAGCCGCACGACUGUCGAAAGUUCGGAAUAUUGGUAUUGCGGCACACAUCGACUCCGGCAAGACCACCGCAACCGAACGAGUUCUCUUCUACACCGGUCGUAUCAAGGCUAUCCACGAAGUUCGUGGUCGGGACAGCGUUGGCGCAAAGAUGGACUCCAUGGAUCUCGAACGUGAGAAGGGUAUCACCAUUCAGUCUGCAGCUACCUUCUGUGACUGGGUGAAGAAGAACGAGGAGGGCAAGGAUGAGAAGUACCACAUUAACUUGAUUGACACUCCCGGACACAUUGACUUUACAAUUGAGGUUGAGAGAGCUCUGCGUGUUCUGGACGGUGCAGUCAUGAUUCUGUGUGCCGUCUCGGGCGUGCAGUCGCAGACCAUCACCGUCGACCGACAAAUGAGACGUUACAACGUUCCUCGUAUUUCCUUCGUCAACAAGAUGGACCGUAUGGGUGCCAACCCCUUCAAGGCCAUUGACCAGAUCAAUAACAAGCUCAAGAUCCCCGCUGCCGCUGUCCAGGUGCCCAUUGGAGCCGAAGACGAGUUCGAGGGCGUUGUGGACUUGGUCCAGAUGAAGACGCUCCGCAAUGUCGGAGAGAGUGGUGAAGAAAUUCACAUCUCGGAUGAGAUUCCUGAGAAACUAAAGUCAUUGGUGGAAGAGCGGAGGAAGAUGCUCGUCGAGAUUCUCGCCGAUGUCGACGACGAAAUGGCUGAGCUUUUUCUGGACGAGCAAGAACCCACGCAAGACCAAAUUAAGGCCGCCAUCCGACGGGCAACCAUCUCACUCAAGUUUACUCCGGUUUUCAUGGGAUCCGCACUGGCGAACAAGACUGUGCAGCCCAUGCUGGACGGUGUUGUUGACUACCUCCCGAACCCAUCUGAGGUGCAGAACACUGCUCUUGACAAGAAGCGCAACGAAGCUUCCGUGAAACUCGUCCCUUACAACUCUUUGCCUUUCGUCGGUUUGGCGUUCAAGCUCGAAGAGAGCAACUUUGGACAGCUGACCUACAUUCGGGUGUACCAAGGUACCCUGCGGAAGGGAGCCAACGUCUUCAACGCCCGUAAUGACAAGAAGAUCAAGGUUCCCCGUAUUGUGCGUAUGCACUCUAACGAAAUGGAGGAAGUCCAGGAGAUCGGUGCUGGUGAAAUCUGUGCAGUCUUCGGUGUUGACUGUGCCUCCGGUGACACUUUCACCGACGGACAACUGGGUUACAGCAUGUCCUCCAUGUUCGUUCCUGAACCUGUCAUUUCGCUCUCUAUCAAGCCCAAAAACAACAAGGACUCCGCCAACUUCUCCAAGGCCAUGGCUCGUUUCCAGAGAGAAGACCCUACCUUCCGUGUGACCUACGACACCGAGAGUGAACAGACCCUCAUCUCGGGAAUGGGUGAACUGCAUCUGGACAUCUACAUCGAGCGCAUGCGCCGUGAAUAUCGCGUCGACUGUGAAACCGGCCCACCGCAGGUCGCCUACCGUGAGACCAUCGGUCGCCGUAUUGAUUUCGACCACCUGCUCAAGAAACAAUCGGGAGGUCCCGGAGAAUACGCCCGUGUUGUCGGCUGGAUGGAGCCAACCGGCAAGCUGGAAGACAACUGCUUCGAAGAGCAAAUCGUGGGAGGUAGCAUCUCGGAGAAGUUCCUGUUUGCAUGUGAAAAGGGAUUCCACAUUGCUUGCGACAAGGGCCCACUCAUUGGUCACAAGGUUCUGGGCACCAAGAUGGUCAUCAACGACGGUGCCACCCACAUGACUGACUCGUCGGAAAUGUCCUUCAAGAACGCCACGCAGCAGGCCUUCCGUAAGGCGUUCACGGAGAGUGGCCCUGCCGUCCUGGAGCCCCUGAUGAAGACAGUUGUCACGGCUCCCGCUGAGUUCCAGGGUGACGUUAUUUCGCUCCUGAACAAGCGCAAUGCCACCAUCAACGACAGUGAAGUUGGUGUUGAUGAGUUCACCGUGUACGCCGACUGCAGUCUAAACGGUAUGUUCGGCUUCAGUUCCCACCUGCGUGCCGCCACCCAGGGUAAGGGUGAAUUCACCAUGGAGUUCAGCCAUUACGAGAAGGCUCCUGGCCAAUUACAAAAAGAACUCAUCGACAAGUAUCUCAAGGCCCAGGCCGACAGACACAAGAAAUAA